AUGAUUAAACAACAGCAACCACAGCAACUUAAGGCACAAAACACCCAGGUCCCUCAAACCAUUACAUACGCCAUAUAUGCAUAUAAUUCAAAGACGGCAGAACAAACGCAAAGGUUGAAAUAUGGAGAUUUGGAGAUAGUAUUGAAAAAUGACCAUUUCGAAUUCGUUUGCAAAGGUGGUGCAGUGAUAUCAAAUAUAAAAGAAAUUUUAUUUAUGAAUUCAAAAAUUAAAGGUAUAACGGAUGAUAUAACAUCAAUUCCACCAGAAGAACAGAGAUAUUACGCAUUAAAUGCAUUUCCUAAAGUUUUGAAGAUUGGAAGAUUUAAUUUAAAUGAGGAAUUCAUAAAAGGUUUCCUAAAUGACAUAAUGAAGAAGGCGGAUAAGGAAUAUGUGGAUAGUGAGUUAAAUAAGAAGGCAGAUAAGGAAUAUGUGGAUAGUGAGUUAAAUAAGAAGGCAGAUAAGGAAUAUGUGGAUAGUGAGUUAAAUAAGAAGGCGGAUAAGGAAUAUGUGGAUAGUGAGUUAAAUAAGAAGGCAGAUAAGGAAUAUGUGGAUGAAAAAGAUAAUGAAAAAGAUAAUGAAAUUAAAGAAAUGGUUGAAUGGUAUCAUGAAUGGACAUCAAAGAUUUUAAAAACUAAAGCUGAUACAGGAUGGGUUUCAGGAUGUUUAGACCUUAAAGCGGAUAAAACAUAUGUUAACGAUGAGUUAAUGAAGAAGGCAGAUAAAACAUAUGUUAACGAAAUAUACCAAAGUUUGAUAGGAACAAAAAAUAUUGAAACUAUUGUUGGUGACUUUUCUGUCAAUGAAGAAAACAAAUAUUUUAGAUGGGAGUUUGUACACUCCUUAAAAAAUGGUAUACGGUAUAAACUCAUUCCGAAAAAUAACAAUGAAAUGUAUGUAGGCUAUAUAAAGAAUAAUGGUACACAAGUUAAAGUUCCAUUAGACAACAACUGCUACUUAAACUUAUAUGGAGACGAACAAAAGAAAUAUUUAAGAGUUUAUGAAAUGGCAGAUAUGACAUUGCCUGACCCAGCUCCAGCACCAUAUUAUUAUGACUAUGGAGAUGACGACAGAACACCACAUGUAGACCCAAAAAAGCAAACAUUAUAUUUAGAAUAUUAUAGAUAUAAAAGAUAUAAUGCAAUAGAAAAAACGAGAAUAGUAUAUUAUUAUACAGAUGACAGAAAUAAAUAUUAUAGUCAAGAUUUUACCUACCCUGAAAACAUAAGAUUAUAUUAUAAAAAAUAUUCUGACACAAACCAGAAGAAACCUGAAAUAGCUGCACUAUAUUUUAAGUUCAAAAGAGACAAUCCUAUAAUAUCUCAUAUGUUUGAUUUAAUGAACCCAGUAGGUUCUAUUUAUACAUCUAUGGAUGCAAGAGGUCCUCAAGUAAUGUUUGGUGUUGGUGCAUGGGAACAAAUAGUUGACAGGUUUUUGUAUUGUGCUAACAGUUCAAAGGAAACAGGAGGUUCAAAGAAAAUAAAUAUUGAAAACCUUCCACCGCACACUCAUACAGGAACUACAAACUUUUCUGGCGACCAUAGUCACUCAUUAAGAGACCACCCAUUAUACAACUCAGAAUAUUAUGCUGGCAAUGACGUUUUAUCUCCAGAUUAUAACCAUUCGGCAAAAAAGACUUUUCGACCAACUGAACCAGGAGGAAAUCAUUCACACACUUUCACAACAAAUCCAACAGGCUUGGGUAAAGAAUACAUGCCACCAUUUAUGACUGUAUUCGCAUGGUACCGCGUUCAUUGA